UCCCUUUAGCUUGAUUCCUAUACGCAGCAUGUGGCAACUGGUAAUUCUCGUGGCGACCAUAUCGGUCGUUCGCGGCGGUCAAGAAGUCGCAUUCAAGCAAGACUGGUGGGAGACUGCCCUCAUAUACCAGAUCUACGUCCGCUCGUUUCUCGACACAGAUGGCGAUGGGAUCGGUGAUAUUAGAGGCAUUAUAUCCCGCUUGGAGCACCUAAGGGAAUUGAAUAUUGACGCGAUAUGUCUGUCCCCAAUCUUCAAGUCUCCACAAAACGACUUUGGGUUCGACGUGUCCGACUACUACUCUAUACAUUCCGACUACGGAUCCAUCGACGACUUUGAAGAGCUUUUGAGAGAAGCACAUAAAAUGAAUAUUAAGGUCCUCUUAGACUUUGUCCCUAACCAUACCAGCAACGAAAGUGACUGGUUCCAGAGGGCAGUUAACAGAGACGAGUAUUACUUCGACUGGUAUGUCUGGGCGGAAGGUCAUAUAGACAGCGUCGGCCAACGUCGUCCUCCCAAUAACUGGAUAAGCAUGUUCAGGAAAAGUGCUUGGGAAUACGUGCCAAACAGAGCCCAGUAUUAUCUGCAUCAGUUCGCGAAACAUCAGCCAGAUCUGAACUUCCGAAACCCUGUCGUUGUUGAUGAGUUGAAGAAUAUAAUAAAAUUUUGGCUAGAAAAAGGUGUAGCCGGGAUGAAGAUGAGUUCCGUGAAUCAUUUGUUUGAAGUUGACAAGGAUAAUUUUGGUGGACGUUAUCCUGACGAACCCAAAUCAGGCAAAGUGGGGCUUAAAGAACAUGACUAUAAAUAUCUAAACCACAUCUAUACUAAAGACUUGCAAGAAUCAUAUGACGUAGUAUCGCAGUUUAGAGAGGUUUUCGACAGCAUAACUUUGAGGGAUAAUGUUACAAGGGUACUGUUGACAGAAUCCUCGCCGGCAAACAUAAAGAACUUGGUGAGAUAUUACGGAGAAGGCAAUAAUUUUGGAUCCCAGGUUCCGGUAAACUUUGCUCUCAUAGAGGAUUUCCGUAAAGAAUCUGACGCAAGGGAUUUGAAAUUUAUCAUUGACCGGUGGAUGUCGUACAAACCGCAAAAUAAACCAGCCAACUGGAUGAGUGGUAAUCAGGACAAAGCAAGAGUAGCCACGCGCUUGAGACCGGAGCUAGUGGAUGCCUUUAACAUGCUCGUUCUCUUGCUUCCCGGGGUCGCGAUAUCAUAUAUGGGGGAAGAAAUAGGGAUGCCGAAUGGGAAUGUGGCUUGGGUAGAAACUAAAGACCCCCUUGCUUGCAAUACGGACGAUCCUAUUAACUUCGGUGAGGUUAACAGGGAUGGUGCCCGCACGCCGUAUCAAUGGAGCUCCGAGCGUAAAGCUGGAUUCACCAAAGGCCAUGAGACUUGGCUACCAAUAGCCGAUGGUUAUGAGACCCUUAACGUUGAGGACCAGCGAUCAGCAGCUCAGUCCCAUUACUUGGUCUACAAGACUCUCUCAAUCCUUCGUAAACGUCCGGCCUUCCGUGCCGGCCGGUUUGAGAGCCAGGCACUCAGCCGCGACGUGUUCGGAUUCAAGAGAUGGUACCAGGAUGAUACUUACGUUGUAGUCAUGAAUCUUGGACGGUCUAUCAAUGUUGUCAAUUUAACAAUUUUUGAUCUAGUUUUCGGACAAAUGGAGGUCGAAGCUAGCAGUGUACUGUCAUCCAGGUCUAUUAAUGAUCACCUUAAUGCAAAUUACGUGGAUUUAGCUGGGGAUGAAGCUUUGGUCCUACGGAUGAUGUCUUAAAUUUGUAAAACAAUGAUGAUUAUUCCAAAUAUAAAUUAAGAAUUCAUAAUACUAUGU